AAUACUAAAUGAACGCCCUCAUCUUCCAAGUGUCAAACCCACGGCGUAAAGUUAUUGCGUUAAAAACAUUACACACAGAAAUGGGGUUGGGAACUGACUGCUGGGAUUGAGUUGGACUCGUCAUUAUGGGAGCGCACAGUCGCGCGCAAAAUGGAUAUCAUGCAUAACAUCACGCUGGAGCGAGAGAAGUUCUACGCGUCGCAAAAUUUCAAGAACCCGUCGAACUCUAAUGACGUUGAGGUGGUGUACACAUGGAAGAUGGACUUCAACCGCAGUCUCCUCAGCGCUGCCACGCUUCUCGUGCCAAAGAGUCCCACUUCUGCGCCCGCGUCGAUGACCAUGCCGCUUUGGGCGCACAACUCCUGGGUGUGCCUUUUUGCUGCCAUGUUGGCUGUUGCUAUUGGCGGGAACGCGAUCGUCAUUUGGAUUGUCACAGCUCACAGAAGAAUGCGGACCGUUACAAAUUACUUCUUGGUGAACCUGUCGUUUGCAGACCUCAUGAUGGCUUCCCUCAACUGCCUUUUCAACUUCAUUUACAUGUUACACAGCGACUGGGUGUUCGGCGUCCGGUACUGCCAGCUCAGCAAUUUUAUCGCCAACGUGACGGUGGCAGCGAGCGUGUUUACACUCACCGGCAUCUCUUUUGACAGGUAUCAAGCCAUCGUCAGGCCGAUGCGGCCGCGCAUGUCCAAAACCUGCUCCCUCAUCAUGAUUGCUGGGAUCUGGGUCAGCGGGAUGCUGCUAGCUAUACCCUGUCUACUCUACUCUACUACUAAGGAAUACAGAUCGAAGGGCACCCUCAAAACUGCGUGCCUAUUAUCGUGGCCUGAUGGAUUGCCCGAUGUCUCAUAUAUGGAUUUCGUCACAUUGAGAGUGCCAAUCUAUGUCUCUGAAAUGCUAACACCAAGAACAAAAAUUCUACUAAGCUCGGCUAAGAAACUCGUCAAGGAUGGUUUGUUCAAGUUCUGCUGGAUCUCUAAAGGGGUUGUGCUCUUAAGAAAAUCAGAAGGUGAACCUGCAAUUGUGGUAACUAGACAGGAAGACCUGGAAGAAGCCAAGCUGCAAGCUGCAGGCAAAGGCAAACAGGACUGA